ACAAUGAGCAGUUGCACACGUGCGGGCUUUCCGAUAAAGCGGACAGUCAUUUCAUCAAUUACAAGCUUGAUUUGACACAAGUGAGCACUCUCCGUUUGACUCAACGAGUAUGAAUGAAACAUAUUCGCCUUUUGAGUGCUUACCAGUGGCUGACUUGACUUCGGCUGGUCUACUACAGAAGCAGGAUGAUAUUGAAGUCGAGCUUAUUGCCCGAGAAAACGAUUGCGAAUUGCGUAGUGGAGUGGACGAUCCCAUGGUAGCAAUAGGUGCCAACGGACAAGCGGUAUCCACACAUGGGAAGGCUUGGGUGGAUCGAAAGAUGGGCUUGACUGUCACUAUCACAACCCACCGGAUCGUCCUCAUGCAGCAAACGUCGGACAAACGAGUCAACGCUCGUUAUAUCCACCUUUCUCACGUUCUAGCCGCUGUGACUGAAAACCAACUUUUUAAGAGUCCUAAAAUAAUAUUGGACUCCUACAGCGGGGAGUUUCUUCUCGUGUUCAAAGGCAAAGAGGCCAAUAAAGAUCGAGAUGCCGUGCUCUACCACAUACAAAAGGCGCUUUCACGUCAAGAUUGGGAGACAGCCGACCGGGCAGCGCAACACCGAAAGGCUGUAGCAAAUUUGACUUCCCGCAAGGUAGGCGUCGACGCGGUUCUCGCCAAGCACAAAACUCGGCACGCUCAAGCGGCUCGUCUCACGGACUCCGCUUUCGAUGGAGACGCCGAAACGUUGCUACGGGAAGCCCAUGAACUCGUCGCUGUCAUUCACAAAUACGUGGCAACGCUCGAUAAGCAAAAAGAAGUUUCCUCACAAGACGAACAGGAUGCAACCCGUUUGGCAGAUUUGCUGCAAAACAUGGGAAUGACGUCGGCCCUGUCCAAAGCGAACUUUCUAGGCUCGGAAGAUGCAUACUAUACGCAAUUGGCCCGACAGCUGGCCGACUUUUUAGAACCCCAUUUACACAAGGCUGGUGGUAUACUAACACUGACGGAUGUGUACUGCUUGUUUAAUCGUGCGCGUGGCACAAACCUGAUUUCGCCCGAAGACUUGACCAAGGCAGCGUCUCAGAUGGACGCAUUGUCCAUCGGGAUGUCUCGACGGGUUUUUCCAAGUGGACUAAUUGUUAUUCAGGAUGACUCCUUUGACGAUCACGCUAUGGCAGAGAAACUGCAAGCUUUGGCUUUGGACGCCCCACAGGGUUUGACGGAAACGGAAGCCUCACGACAGUGUCAAAUCUCAGCCUUGCUGGCUCACGAAGAACUACUGGCGGCUGAACGCAUGGGCAUUUUGGUGCGGGACGAAACAUUGGAGUCGACGCGAUUCUUUCCUAACCGAUUUGAAGCUUGGGCAGACAUACAAUAGUCUUUCCGAAAAAGUUAAGCCGUACAGCAAUAGAGCCAACUGAUUUUG